GAGAGGUAGGGGGGGGAGAAAUAAACAGAGGAGUCGUUCCUCCCAGCAGCCAGUCUGAGGCAGAGAGCCGCUACUGCCUCAGAUAUCUCAGCUGAUGGCAACAGCUCCAGGCUGCGCUCGACUCUUACUGUACUUCACUGUGAUGGACUUGAACGCUCGGGUCACCCGGAGGUGGGUUCGGCGUGGCGGUGGCCGCGGGAUUUGAGGACCUCCUCCUCCUCACAGUGGUUCAUGGAUCAACGAAAGCUUAUAUUAGCCGCGAACACUCGGGCUUUCUGCUUUUGAAGAAGCGGAUCUGUUGCGAUACGAAACAAACAGAGCCACGCGACCGCACACGUGCACUGACUCAGGCUGUUGGGAGGCUGAAACGGUAGAAAAGAGCCUCCGGGGCGACGUUCUUCUUCUUCUUCUGAUAUUCCUGCAAACUGAGCAGCAUGCACAUUUUACAGCCGUACUGCAUCAACAGGUGGCCAGAUGUGCCGAAGAGAAAGAGCAAGAACAGCCAUUGUUCGGGGAAGAGCGUGUCAGCUCUUAGUGCCUCUGUUCCAGGGUACAUCCCCAGCUACCUGGAGAAGGAUGAGCCGUGCGUGGUGUGCGGGGACAAGGCGACCGGCUACCACUACCGCUGCAUCACCUGCGAGGGUUGCAAGGGUUUUUUCCGCCGGACCAUCCAGAAGAACCUCCAUCCAGCCUACUCGUGUAAAUAUGAAGCCUGCUGCAUCAUCGAUAAGAUCACACGCAACCAGUGCCAGCUGUGCCGCUUCAAGAAGUGCAUCAGUGUGGGCAUGGCCAUGGACUUGGUGUUGGACGAUUCGAAGCGCGUGGCCAAGCGGCGUCUGAUCGAGGAGAACCGACAGAAAAGGAAGAGGGAGGAGAUGGUGCGGACGUUGCAGACGCGGCCGGAGCCAAACAGCGCAGAGUGGGAUCUCAUCAGGAUGGCAACGGAGGCCCACCGGCACACCAACGCACAGGGCUCCUGCUGGAAACAGAAGCGCAAGUUCCUGGUAAGCUUCCAGUUUUAAAGCAGACAGAGCCUUCAGGCAGAGAGCCGUUGUGUGAUGAUGAACGCAAAUGUUUCACAAACAAGUCCAUUGCAGUUGACGCGUGGGGGUUCAAUCGCGGCUACUUAAUAUUUAGAAAGGUUUUACAUCAUGCUGGCCUGUAUCCGCUGUGUUCUUUCAACAACAAAGAAAGGAGCAGCAGCAAGUAUAAGAAAGGCCCGCCGAAAAAAAAGAUCUAUCAGUUUAAGUGUGCACUAUAUUUAGAAUAUUUUCACCGCUGCAUCUUGCCGCCACACAGCCCUUUGAAGCAGUUAUCUACGUUCUCUUCAAAGCCACCAGACUCCAUUGACAAAAACAGUCAUUUUACCAUCGUAGAACACAGGAGCUGCUUGUCUAACGUUGCCUCGUAUGUUAUUGUGUGACUUAAGUGAAUCCUAAACUAACUCUCACCAAAGUCACACAAUGACACAAACAAACUAACCGAUCGAGGAAGCGGUAAACCAGCAACUCCCGUGUUCUGCGAGGUCAAAUGAAUUUUUGUCAAAGGAGUAAAGAUACUGUGUGAGAUGAGAGCAACAUAAUCAACGGUUACAGCAGCUUGCUCAUUUCAGUUUCAAAGCAAUAACAGACAUGAUGCACAUUGUUGCUAGAGUUGUGUUCAGUGUGACCUUCACUUUCGGAGGAUGCCCACAGCUUGUGGAAAGUAGUUUCCGCUUCAAAACUCCAGCUCAAACGCAUGAGAGAUGGCUUUUUCAUUUUCAAAAAGGAGCCGUUUGUGUGCCGCCCCAUGUGAGUCGGUUGCACGUGCUGAUGCAUGUGUCUCCACCGCAGACUGUUACCUAAAGGCAAAUGUCAGAUAGCAGUUACCGGCCAACCAGAGUUAAGUUCACAGCCGACAACAGUUGUUGAAGGUCUGCUGGGAUUCCUGCAAGUGACACAGCAGGCUGGGUCAAUCAGAGCACAGCUACUGACUGUUACUGUUACAGCAGCUUCACUGCUUCAGAGAGAAAGAAGAACUGUAUUAAUCCUUCUUGGAGUUUUUAUUUUAGACCCUUUUAUCAUCAGAAAUAUGUGUGCGAGUUUUCUUUUUUCGAGUUAUCAAACUUUAAAUAUUGAAUUUAAACUGUCAACAGCAUCAAAAUGUCGGGUUUUUGCGUGUUUGGUCGUCACAAUCGAUAUUCCAAAAGCCGACUCAAUUGUACAGAAUUCAGACAGGAUCGCAACUGUUAGAGGUGUUUCAGUUCAACUGGUGACCGUGUUAACUGGUGACUUUCAGCCGAACGUUUAUGUGGUUGCUCGCAAUAACUUACAUAAAUGGUCGGCGUAGAUAAUAAACGCGGAUAAAUAUGUAUAUUGAUUAAAGGCUUUCUUGAGGACGCCGACAUGUUCUGUUCGUGUUUUCAACAGCAACCAUGAACGCAUUGAGCUGGGAGUCACCAGUUGACACGGUCACUCGUUAAACCCAAACACCCCCAGGUUUCCCUCCAGUCGUCCAUGUGUUGCUUAAAGCUGUUUCCCUGUCUGCCAUAGCUCUCAAGUUCAAAACAGGAUGGUGUUACAUACCCGCAUUAGGUUUCACUCAGCUAAGAGUGUCAU